CUUUUCUUUUUUUUCUUUGAAUAAAUAUGUAUCGCCAUCAAGGCAAUUAUUGUAUCGUUAUCAGAUGACAUGUUUACUCUGUGAAAACUUUCUACAAAUGAUGUUUGCAAGCAAUGUUUAAUAUAGUUAGUGGGCAAAUGUAAUUCUUGUUCGACGAACAGUUCGUCAAACAAAUUCGACUGUGGAUGGCCUGCUUUAGGGCAAUGCAGAAUAAUAUCAACCGCGAAAUAAACACUCUGGAAUCCAAUACGCCACAGGCUUUCCAUAGCCUUAAAAACUCAAUAUCGCAGAUUAAAGUGGAGCAAAAAAAUCAAAAAAUCAAAUCAAAAAACAACAAAUUAAGCUGGAGAUGGUGGUGCAGCAGCAGCAACAACAACUUGACAACGCCUUUCGCCUGAUUGAGGAGCUGCAGGCUCAAAUAGAGCAGCCGGUGCUACGGCAACAAGGCCUGCAGCAGGCGGUGCUGCGGCAGCAAGGUCUGCAGCAGCAGGCGCUACGGCAGCAAGGCCUGCAGCAGCAGGUGCUACGGGAGCAAGGUCUGCAGCAGCCGGUGCUACGGGAGCAAGGCCUGCAGCAGCCGGUGGUGUUGCACCCGGUGUGGUCGUACCCGGUACAACCACAAUAAACAACAAGAUGACAACACACAAGCCUCGCAACCUCCAUUCUCCAACUUGGACUUAAUCUUGGGCGGCACGUCUGCUUCCUUUUCCGCUUCCUUCUGCUUUGCCGGCUUUGCUGCUGUCAUAUAAUAUAUAUGUAAAUUACAAUAUUAAAAAAAAGAAUAAACUUUAUAACUUAA